UUGGGACUACGCGUCAUGAGUCACAAUCUGAUCCCCGCAGCGAUCAACAUCAAAUCCGCAGUCAUCGUUCCCAGUGUCCCAGUCACCCAUAAAUAAACCCCCCAAAACCCCAAACAACUGACUUAUAAUUAAACCUCCAAUCGCCAGUGGUCCUCGCCCCCCGAUUCCCCAAACUGGUCCCCUGACCUUAAAAAAAUGUAAAAUUCCUAACCUUCAUCAGCGCAAGGAAGCCCAACCCCAUCCCCAGAAUAAUCGGCUCCCCCCAAAUCCCUUAAAAAACCAUGGACAAAAUAAGAGGCUGGACCUCAGAUUUCGACUUCGAGUCAAUGAAGAAGACGAUCGACAUGGACUCCCUGCCGCACCUGACCGACGAGGAUCGUUUCAAGACAGUGAUGAACAGCAUGAGAAUCCACAAGGGCUUCCGAAGCUGGAUGUCGCGCCUGCAGAGCCCCAGGUCCACGAAGAACGCCAAGCAGUCGAAAUUCUACCGAGAGAAAGCGAACGACCUCUACCUGAGCAAUCCCCAGGGCUCAGUGAGGGUCAUCCUCGAGGGGUUCACAGUCAGCCUGGCGUACGCCCCCCAGAGCUCCCCGGAGAUGGCCCUGGCCUACGCAAAUCGUUCAGCAAUCCUCCUGAAGGUGCACCACUACGAGGACGCCCUCCUGGACAUAGGGAGAGCCUUCAAGUCAGGGUAUCCUGACCGUUUGAAGUCGAAACUCUUCGCCCGAAGGGCUUUGUGCCUCAAGGCCCUGCGUCCCGAGGACUCCUCCGAGGUCGAUCGAGCCCUGGAGAACGCCAGGAAGUGGCUGAGAAGGAUGGACAAGAGGCAUCCUCAUCGCAGAAUGAUCGAGGACAUCCUGAGCAAUCCUAGGAGGAUGGAGAACCUCCCGAGACCUCGUGCCAAGUGGAACUCCGAGGUCUUCCUCAGGAACGUCUUCGAGGAGAAUCCUGAAAUCGUCGGGGCCUCCAGCUCCAUUCAGCUCAGGCAUUCGGAGUCUGGGGUGCACCUCGAGGCCACGAGGGACAUCAAACCUGGGGAGAUUAUCGCCAUUCAGGAGCCCUUUGUGGCGGCUGUGGAGAGGACUAAAGCUUACAGCUACUGCGCUCACUGCUUCUUGGAGGCCCUCUCCGGGGUGCCCUGUUGGAGUUGCGCCAACAGGGUUUACUGCUCGGAGGGGUGCAGGGAGACUGCUUGGAGGGAUUAUCAUGAGGUCGAGUGCGGGUUCAUUGAGAUGAUCCAGGCGAAGGGGAUACAUUCCGAUAAUCUGAGGGUCAUGAUCGUCAGGGCUGUGAUCAAGGCCGUGAAGGAGGCGGGGAGCCUUCAGGCGCUCAGGGAGAGGGUCAGGAGGAUGGAGAAGGAUCCUGACUUGUGGAAAAAGGGAUUCUCAGGUUCAGUGUUCGAUGGCAGAACUCUGGAGACAUUCUUCAGCCUCCCGACUCACGCAGCAGCGAGAGAUCCUGAAUUCCUCCUCAUAGCCUCAUUCAUGUCCGUAUUCACAACUUUCGUCCUAGCGACGAAGAGCAAAUUCUUCGGGGAGGAGAUGAACGUCCAGCGUUUCCUCCAGAACGAGUGGGUGCCCUUUGUGGGGGGUCUCGUGAUGAAAUUCACUCUGAUAAUGAUGGGAGGUGCACAGGAUAUUUGCACCUGCAUUGACUUCAGGCGUCAGUUCGAGUGUGGCUCGACGUUUGUGCCACUGUACGUUCGCUUCCCUCACAGCUGCUCUCCCAAUAUCUCGCAUCGGAAUUUUGGGAGGAAGACUGUUGUUUUUGCACAUUAUCCGGUUAAAAAGGGGGAGAGGCUGAUUGGGUGCUUGGGCUGUCGUUUCGAAACAGCUCUGAAAAAGAAUCGUCAGAAGGCGCUCAAGAUGAUAAUAGGAGGCCCCUGCCAGUGCAUCGCCUGCAAGGAGGAUUGGAUUGACUCCGAGAAAUCUUCAUUUGACGCAAUGCAAGUGCCUCCGCACGUGUGGGCCAUCUACGAGGCAUUUGACGACAAUUCAGACGACUGUUUUGAGUUGAUACGCCAGGGCAACUACGCUGUUAUAUCCAAAACACUUCACGAAUUAGCACGGACAAUGACUGAAGUAUGGAAAAUGAGGAAACCCCCUUGCCCUGUGCUCUCCAACCUCUCUGCCUUCAUCUACAGGUUUUUCUCACUGCUGGGAAAUCAUCAUCAAGUUUUAGAGUUUUAAGUGGACAAUUCAAAUAAUCCUCUCGUGUCUGUACGAUAUUUUAUUUUCAUACUCCCAUCAUUCGACGAUUGACUGUCCUGAGAAUGCCUUUUUUUCGUAAGACUUCAGCAUCACUCAAAGUUGAUUAUGAGAACAAUUAAUGUUAUUUGAAUAAUUCUGAAGAAGUUGUGAGACAGAAAUAACGGAUUUUCUUAGACUAAACGAAACUAUUUUAUAUUAUUCCUUUGAUAUGAUGAAAUAAAGAGCUAUUUUAAAUGAA